AUGGUGGCGUCGUCGUCGUCGUCGCCCGCGAGCGCGCUCGCGGGCGGCGAUCGAUCGUCCGCGCGGCGAUGUUCGCGACGGUGCGCGCGAGCGUCCACGACACCGCGCGGGGCGUACGCGAGCGGCGCCGCGAGCGAGGAUGGGAACGAGGCGCGACGGGACGAAGGCUGCGAGGACGGGCGAGCGAGCUCGACGAGGCGCGGUUCGCGACGUGCGAACGCGAUCGGGUCGUCGCUCGAGCGGCAGAUCGCGGUGACGACGCAGUUGCGAGAGGAGUUCGAGAGCGAUCCGUUCUUGUCGCGGUCGUCGCUGCGCACCGCGCUCGCGCCGAACGUGGAGUACAACAACGACGUGCACGCGGUGAGGGGGUCGGCGGAGUACGGAACUUUGAUGGGACACUUCGGAGACGCCACGUCGUCGGCGCUGAAGCGGUUCAAGUUUAUCACGCGUAGGGCGUCGUCGAUAGAGCCCGGGGUUUUGCUCAUACAGUGGACCGCGGAAUGGGAUGGGGUGACGUUUGGGAAAAAAUUGAGCAACCUCUUGCUCUCGUCCAUGCACGAGGGCGCGGUGCAGAAGCUGGUCGAGGGAGCGUCCGAGUCAGCGGCCGCGAACGAGAGCGAGCGACGACGGGACAUGAAGUGUCGACUGUUCGGACGGACGACGUACAAGGUGAAUCCGGACGGGAUGAUCGUCAGUCGUCUCGAUAGGGUGGACUUUCGCACCGACCCGGAGCCGGGGAGUCAGUCCGAGGACAUGCCGGUUUUCGUGACCCCGGCGGAGGAGGAGCAGGAGCUCGAGCGCCUUGCCGAGGAGACAGCGGUAAACAUGUUUUACAACACCUUGUGUCCACCCGAAAAGAACGAAACUUCGUGGUUCUUGGACGUGCUCAUCGAGUUGGAGUGGCAGAGCUUUCAGCGACAAAUGGGCGACACGACGUCCGUCAUAUCCAGGGAAGAGUACGUCAACGUCGUUUACGCCGUGAUUGCGAGCGCCAUCGCGGCUCCGAUUUUUUUCUUCGUAGGCUUGACGUUGCUGGUGUUUUCUCCCGACCAAGGCACGGACCCAAAUUCGUUGGACGCGGCUUUCACCGCGGCGCCGCUCACGGGAGCGAAUGGUUCGCCGCUGUGGGGCGCGGACGUUUUCCUCGAUCUGUACAACAGCAAGAUCGGGGUGUAG